AUGCUGCUGGUGGUAAAAUUGUUCCAUGAGUUGGUCUACAGAUACAACCAUCUUUCUGCAUGGAUUUUUUUUCUGUUUCAGAAGGAAGAUGUCAUUAAUGUGGAAAGGGAUGAAAGACUGUCUCUUCGGAAGCAUCGCUUCAUGCAUUUCGCAUCAUUGGAAUAUGAAGGAGAAUAUUACAUGACACCAAGAGAUUUCUUGUUCUCAGUAAUGUUUGAUCAAGUUGAACCACCAGGGUGCCAGAGGCAGUAUUUCCACAGUAAAGUCCUAUCUGUUGGGAAGGCCUCAGCCAAGAAGCUGACAAAAAAGGAGGUAGAUGCUGCACUACUUUGUGUUGCCAAAGCUAAACCAGGACCAACCUUUUUCAGAGAGCUUGGUGAUAAAGGGUUGAUAUCUUACGCAGAGUACCUAUUUUUGCUGACAAUCCUUACAAAACCCCAGACUGGAUUUCAGAUUGCCUUUAAAAUGUUGGAUACAGAUGGCAAUGAACAAGUUGAAAAGAAAGAAUUCUUUAAGCUGCAGAGAAUCAUUGGGAAGGAAGAUGAUUUGAAAAUAGCUGGAGAUGAAGCAGUAUUUCGGGGAGUAGAACUGGAAAGCUGUGGUGUUAAUACCAUGUUGCUGGUACAUUUCUUUGGAAAAGAAGGAAAGGAAAAACUUCACUAUUCUGAGUUUUUCAGAUUCAUGGAAAAUCUGCAAACUGAAGUCCAAGAAAUGGAAUUCAUAAAGUUUUCAAAGGGUUUGAACGUCAUGAGAAAAGAAGACUUUGCAGAAUGGUUACUGUACUUCACUGAUGAGGAAAACAAUGAAAUUUACUGGCAGAAUGUGAAAGACAGAAUUGAAGCAGGAGAGAAUAUCAGUUUGGAGGAAUUCAAGACUUUUUGCAAGUUUACAAAUAACCUGGAAGAUUUUUCUAUUGCCAUGCAGAUGUUUACUGUAGCCAAUCGUCCUGUUAAACGGGCUGAGUUCAAGAGAGCAGUGAAGGUGGCAACAGGACAGGAGCUCUCAGAUAAUGUUUUGGAUACCAUCUUCAAGAUUUUUGAUCUAGAUGGAGAUGACUGCCUGAGUCACAGCGAGUUUCUUGGAGUCCUGAGGAACCGAAUUCAUCGCGGUUUGAGGGUACCGCAACAGCAAGGCAUUCAAGGUUACUGGAAGUGUGUGAAAAGAGAAAGCAUUAAAGGAGCCAAAGAAGUGUGGAAGCAAACUGGGAAAAGUCCAUUUUAAAGCAGUCCAUUGUUCUUUUGCUAUAAAUGUUGUUGUUUAGGGGAGUUUGUCUGUCCUGUUUACAUAAUAGCUGAAUCAAAAAUACUCCUUUUUUUUUACUAUAGUUAAAGUUUAAUUAACCCAGUUUCUAAUGCAAUAAUUUUAUAUUGUUCUAGUGCAAUCAGUUUGGUUUACAGAACUGUUAUCACUCCAUACAGAGGCACUCUUGUUCUAAGGAAUAGUGUUGUUUACUCCUCUCUGGAGUCUGACCCUGCACUGUAGCAUACAACAUACGCAGGAUUUAAUAGUGGCCACUGGCAGGAACGUCACAGCAAUAUCAUCUCCUGUUGGAAGAAUGGACUUCAUCUCAGUUAGCCACUAACACAGCAGUUCUCUUUCUCUGGCAAGGACAGAGUUCCAAAAGGCGAAAUCACUUGCACAAUCCACGCAAAUCAAGUUAUCCUAAGUCAAAAAGGAAAAUUCCCAUGGCUCAUGCCCUCAUUACUCUGAACUGCUCAUGUAGUAGUUCCUGGUGGAUGAUUCCACCAGAUCCUGUGUGGAUGUCUGGUUUGUCUACCUUCAUACUGAUAAUACUAAACUGGAAAAACAAGACUGUUGAUACAGGCUUUAAAAGUUGUACAUUGAUCUAUGAAUGUGCCUUGAGUCUCUCAGACCUCUUCAACAGAUAAUAUAAAUAAGAAGCAAAAAUCCUCAUUCUAUCAUAAACAGCAGUAGCUACAAUUUGAGUCAUAACUAUUUUGCUUUAAUUGUAUUGCAGAAGGUGAAUGUGUAACAAAUAGUUGCUUUAUCGUACUAAAGGUUGUGACAGGGAAUGGUGCAGUAUCUCAGGAAUUCAAGGUUAUAAUAAGCAAGAGUUGGGGGAAUAGUAAGUCCAAUGAAAAAGCAAAUACAAAUGUUUAUUACUCCAAAGUGCAAAGUUAGACAUAAGAUCUUAAACAGUAAAACAAGGAACAGAUCAAAAUUAAUAUUUAGCAAUUAUAGAUGAACUUUUUUUAGCUAUAACAUAGUGUGCAUCUAUGUAUACACAGGUGUGCAUGUUGCAUGUUUUUUCUUUCUUAUAACCUUAGGAGCCAAUAGUCCCAGUUCCAGAUCAGUCUUCCUGGUUGGCCACUAAAUUUAGGAGAUAGACUUAUAUGUAAAGCUCUCAGGGUUCUUCCUCUUUCCCUAUCUCAGUUGUCUGACUCGGCUUGGCUGGGGUGAAAGCUUAACAUCUCAAGGUAGGUUUGUGAUAACAGGCUCAAAAGAUGGACUAGGGAAAUGUCUCAAGAAAAACAACCAAGAAAUCUCACCACUCUGUGAGGAAGUAUCCAUCCCGUUUAAGCAUGACACUAGCUGUGUUGUUCUCAAAAGUCAUAUAUAAGCUCAACAGGAGGUGUUUUGUUGUAAUUUCUUUGGGGUUUGGUGGGGGGAGUCUUGAGAAGAGGGGAACCUUCCAUGAUAGAUAGACAUCAGAGCAGCCCUCACUCAGAGGGAUGGGAAAAACCGCCUUAGGAAAUCAUGAAGAUCCCACGUAAGGAGUACUGAGAUUACAGAGAGUGUAUUUGGUAUGUCGGUAGCCGUCAGGCAGGCUUGUGCUGAGGAGGAGUCCUACCGCCCAAGCCUCAGUGUGGUGAUCUCUCCUAGGGAAAUAGAGUGAGAAGCUAGCAAAGCAGCUCUUCUCUCCAUGGCCUUCAUUUGGAGCUUUCAUUACAAUUGUGUUAAAGAAAAAAAGGCUUGUAUUCUUGUCAUCUGUCGACAGGCACCAGUGA